AGAUAUUAUGACUUUUGGGUAACUAUGUUCGUAAGCCUUAACACGUUUAACUAUGCGCUUACUAGCAAGAACUAAAGAUGGUCACGCACUCAUGUGAAGGAUAAGAUAGCUACAGAGUCUUGACCUUUUAGCCAUGGAUUGGGAUGAUUCACACGUCUAUGGCUUGGGCAAAAGGCCCGUCAAGCAAACUCUGGAAAAGAAGAUGCAGAUUCCGGCGAAGGUGCAGGUUAAACUGCCCAAGUCGCUCUUUGAGUCUGCAAUGCAGUCGGGUAACCCACUGCUUGCGGAACGGAGCCUAAGGCAGGAGUCUAGCCGGCCCCCCGCAGGGACCCUGGCCCCAGGCUUCAAGAUCCCCGCAAAGCCGCCAGCCACCCUCAACUCUCCCAGCAGCCCAGCAGCACCAGGCAGCCCCAAAGCCAUCCCCAGCAGCCUCGCCAUCGGCGCCGCUGCUGCCCCCAACGGCAGCAGCAACCCCAUCCCAGCCAUCCCGCCCCAGGCCCCGGUCCGCCGCGUCCCACGCUGCGAAUACUACUUUGACCCCGCCACCGCUUCCGACGUCUUCCCACCGCGGCCUGUGGACGGCUCCGCGCUCUCGGACUACUUUGUCGGAGCCACAGCAGCAGGCGGCAGCGCUAGCAGCAAUGGCCGCAGCGAGGAGGUGCAGACGGAGCCCACGCACCCUCUGGGCUGGGUGCCUGCUGAGGACCAGCAGCUAGGGACCCGGCUGCGGCCGCGUACGGGACAGCUGCCGGUGCGCACCACCACCAGCAUGCCGCUCGAGUACUUUGACAGUCCGGAGAUGGAGCUGAUCGCACCCGAGCGGCGGCUGGCGGAGGCCAGGGAGGCAGCGGCGGCGGCGGGCGGGCAGGUGCCGCCAGGCGUGCUGGCGUACAGCCGGUACUUUGAUGCAACGGGGACGUUUUCCUGGGCGGCAUGCUAUGUCACGGACUACGACAGGUCACAGGACAUGUACCACAUCACGUGGCAGUCCACCGGGAAGACCAAGUGGGUCAAGCGACUCAACUUGCUCUUCGCGGAUGAGAGCAAGGCGGGCUUUAGCUUCAGGUUGCGGCAGGCGCGUCGUCGUCGUGAUGAGUGUGAGGCGGAGGCGCGGUACUACGAGUAUGUCAGCAAGCAGCCCUUCACCAACAUCGACGUCCUCGACGACACUUUCAGGCGAAAGAUUUUCAAGCGAGUGGGCGGGGACGUCACGCAGCGGCUGGCGACGAAUGCCAGCGGCCAUUUUGAGGACUUCCGAAACAAUUACAAGUACUCAGUCAAGUCCGCCAUCGUGGAUGUGCAGUUCGCGCAGCCGGACGCCGCAGCGCACCUGGCGGCAGCAAACAUCCAGCCCGUACGACACAGCAGCAACCGCGCCGUGGUGCCACCUCAGGGUUGUGUGGACCUGUCAUCACUGCGCCCCGGGCGGGUGGUCCUGGUGAACCAGCCGGAGCACCCAGCGGCCCAAGGGAAGAACCACGUGGCACAGGACGUUAUCAGAGAGGGCUUUGACUUGCUGCUGGCGGACGUGAAGCGCGGCGCCGUGGCGGGCCACCCCGCGCUGCUGGCGGCGCUGCAGCAAAUGUACCGCGACCUGGACAUCAGCGGCGUGGCGCUCACCGUCACAGACCUGCGGGAGCUGCCCCUGCCGGCGCGACUGGGGGACUACGCGCGCAUGCAGCGCAACCACUGCGACCUGGUGGCGGACAUGCUGACCAGCGACUGGACCAUCAAGGUAAUCGCCAUCGUGGAGCGCAUCCUGUCUGGUGACGACCCGGAAAUCAUGGCGCUCGCAGCAACGGAGGCCGCCGUCUCUGGCGCCAUCACCCCAGGCCCCUCCACGGUUCACGGCGCCGCGGCUGACGGCAUCAACCCCUUUGGCCUGAGUCAGGCAGCCGUGAUGCGCUUCAUCAAGAUGGUCUCUCUCAUGAUGGCAGAUCAGCUCCGUACUGCCGUACUUUCGUCCAUUAAGGCAUGCUGCGACUUUUGGUUGCAGUACGACAUUCUGCCGGGCAGCGAGCAUGCAGUUGCAGGCUACCCGUUUGCUAAUGCGAAUGCAGCGUCGGGCGAGGUGGUGGGUCGGUUGGAGUCGGCGAAUGAGUGGUUUCGUCGGACACAUUCCCAGCCGUCCAAGUGGGGCGAGGACCUGCAUGCGGCGUGGCCGCCACCCCUGCUGCUGGUGUCGCUACAGGUUGUGGACGGCGGCAUUCGCCUGGUGCCCGACCUGCAGGAGGUGGAGGACACCAUUGUAGCCACCUUUGAUGACAUCAUGGCGGCCACCGCAAAGGUUGACGACAUCUCUGUCAAGGUGAUUAACAUGGCCAUGGAGCAGUACCUGGCCUCCGUGGACCCUGCCACCGACCCCGCGGCAGUGGCGGGCAGGGAGCUGGUGCGCAGUAUCGUCACUAAGAACCUGGUUGCUCCCGGCGACCUGGCCGCCUCCUUCUCGGAGUUCGCCUGGCUGGUGACUGCGGACGCAGCGGACUUUGUGGGCGAGUGGGAGGCGGCGGGGCACACGCUCCUAGAAACGGAGGCGGAGGUGGUGCGGUUGGCGGCGGUGGGCGCGGCGGUGGCGGCCAAGUGUGAGGGGCUUGUGGCCUUCCGGCUGGUGUCCGUGGACUGCUCCGGAGCGCAGAGGUGGCUGGUGGACAAGGCGGCGGCGCUGCGGGGGGCUCUGCUGGGCUGGCAGGCGGACAGGUGGCAUGCGGCCAACGUGGCAGCGGUGGAGCAGUUUGAGAGCAUUGUGGCGCGACUGCACCAGGCCCCCGACUCCACGGAAGCCCUGGACGAGCUCGACAAGUUCGUGGAGCGUGUGGACGGCCGCACGCCCGAGUUCGAGGCCAUCGUGGCGGACAGCCGCGCUGUCGCGGACGUCCUGCACUCCGCGCAGCACGAGCUCGCCAACGAAGCUGCGGAGACGCACUGGCGGCUGCUGCGCUGGCCCCUGGACCUGGCCAUCGAGCUCACGGAAGUCCGCACGCAGCUCGCGCGCUGGCGCGGCCGCUACCUCUCGCAACUCAAGGCCGACAGCGCGGCCCUGGUCGCAGACUUGGCGGAGCUCCAAGCAGAGGUCGAGCGGUUCGUGACGCUGGGCGACCUCAAGCAGGUGGACGACCGCAUGGCGACGGUGCUGGACAUUGAGAGCCGGCUCAACAGCUACCAGGAUCUGGCAGAUCUGUACGGCAACCGUGAGGAGAUUUUCGGCCUGCCGCGCUCCGAGUACCCGGUGCUCGAGGAGAUUCGCAAGGUGUUCCAGCCCUCCUCCGACCUCUGGCGUAUCGCCAGUGAGUUCAUGCGUUCGCUUCCAGAGUGGCUUGAUGGGCCCUUCCCGGAAAUCGACGCGGAGACGGUGGCUGCUGACGUGGACCGUUGGUGGCGCGCCACCGCCAAGCUCUCCAAGCUGCUCGACAAGGAGCCCGGUGACGUCGUGUCUGCCGUACGAGCCAAGCUCGAGGACUUCCAAGUCCACCUGCCGCUCAUCACCGCGCUGCGAAAUCCCGGGUUGCGCGAUCGUCACUGGGAGCGCAUCUCCGCAGCCGCCGGCUUUCCCGUGCGUGCGGACGCGGGCUUCAGCCUCAGUCGCGCGCUGCAGCUGGGGCUGCCCAAGCACCUGGCGGCGAUUGAGGAGGUGGCGGAAUACGCCAGCAAGGAGUACUCCCUGGAGCGUGCGCUUGACAAGAUGCAGGCGGACUGGGCGGGGGUUGUGUUUGACACCACGCCCUGGCGCGCCACGGGCACCACCAUCCUGCGUGCGCUGGACGACGUGCAGAUGCUGCUGGACGACCAAAUCGUGAAGACGCAGUCCAUGCGUGCGUCGCCGUACAUUGGGCCCUUUGAGGACCGCGUGCGGCUGUGGGAGGCCAAGCUGGGGCUCACACAGGAGACGUUGGACCAGUGGCUGCGCUGCCAGCAGGGCUGGCUGUACUUGGAGCCCAUCUUCGGCUCGGAGGACAUCAUGCAGCAGAUGCCCAAUGAGGGACGCAAGUUCAAGGCUGUGGACCACACCUGGCGUCGCACCAUGGAGAAGCUCUCCAAGAAUGCGGAAGUGCUCACCACGUGCGCAGACGACGAGCAGCUCAAGGCGCUCACCGAGGCCAACAAGCUGCUAGAGCAGGUCACCAAGGGUCUCAACGACUACCUGGAGACCAAGCGCCUCGCCUUCCCGCGCUUCUACUUCCUGUCGAACGAUGAGCUGCUGGAGAUCCUGUCGGAGACCAAGGACCCCACCCGCGUGCAGCCUUACCUGCGCAAGAUCUUUGAGGGCAUCAACGCACUCCAAUUCCAGGACGACGGCUCCGUGACGGCCAUGUACAGCGAGGAGGGCGAGAAGGUGCCCUUCAAGGACUCCUUCAACCCGCGGGAUAGCCAGGGCAACGUGGAGCGCUGGCUGAUCGAGUGCGAGAUUGCUAUGCGCAGCACGCUCAAGGAGACCAUCCGCCGCGCCUUCAACGACUACGCCCGCACGCCGCGCAUCAACUGGGUGACCGCCUGGCCGGGUCAGGUGGUCAUCUGCGUGGACUGCAUGUACUGGACCAAGGAGGUGGCGGACGCCAUCGGGCGCGGCACGCUGUCAGAUUACUCGCGGCAGUGCACGGACGAGCUUAUGAAGGUCGUCAACAUGGUCCGCGGCAAGCUGACCAAGCUGGACCGCAAAACCCUGUCGGCGCUCAUUGUGAUCGAUGUGCAUGCGCGUGACGUGGUGGCGGAGCUGGCGACCAGCGGUGUGGUCAACGAGAGCGACUUUGCGUGGAACAGCCAGCUGCGCUACGGCUGGGAGGGCGGCGAGGUGACGGUGCGCAUGAUCAACGCGCAGAUCAAGUACGGCUACGAGUACCUGGGCAACUCCUCGCGCCUGGUGAUCACGCCGCUGACGGACAGGUGCUACCGCACGCUGAUGGGCGCGCUGCACCUCAACCUAGGAGGAGCUCCCGAGGGUCCCGCCGGCACGGGCAAGACGGAGACCACCAAGGACCUUGCCAAGGCCAUCGCCAUGCAGUGCGUGGUGUUCAACUGCUCGGAUGGCCUGGACUACCAGGCCAUGGGCAAGUUCUUCAAGGGUCUCGCCAGCAGCGGCGCCUGGGCCUGCUUCGAUGAGUUCAACCGCAUUGACCUGGAGGUGCUGUCCGUGAUUGCACAGCAGAUUCUGACCAUGCAGCGCGCCAAGGCCAGCGGCGUGAGCUCCUUUGAGUUCGAGGGCACCAAGCUCAGCCUGCGGCCCACCUUCUCCGUCUUCAUCACCAUGAACCCCGGCUACGCGGGCCGCUCGGAGCUGCCGGAUAACCUCAAGGCGCUGUUCCGGAGUGUGGCCAUGAUGGUUCCCGACUACGCGCUCAUCUCGGAGAUCAUGUUGUACAGCAGCGGCUACCUCAAGGCUCGUGACCUGGCUCGCAAGCUGGUGGCCACGUACCGUCUGUGCUCCGAGCAGCUGUCCAGCCAGUCGCACUACGACUACGGCAUGCGGGCCGUCAUGUCGGUGCUGCGCGCGGCGGCGGCCAACAAGCAGCGCUCGCCGGACACGCUAGAGGACGUGCUGAUGCUUCGCUCCAUCAAGGACGUCAACGAGCCCAAGUUCCUGGCGCCCGACCUGCCCCUCUUUGCCGGCAUCCUCUCCGACCUCUUCCCGGGGGUGGACCUGCCCGCUACCGACUACUCGGCGCUUGAUGAGCGACUAUGCACCAACUGCACCCGCCUGAACUUGCAGUCCACUCCGGUGUUCCUGGAGAAGGCGCACCAGCUGUACGAGAUGAUCCUGGUACGGCACGGCCUGAUGCUGGUGGGCUACAGCUACGGCGCCAAGACCUCUAUCUACAGGGCACUGGCGGGCGCGCUGGGGGACCUGGAGACGGCAGGCAUCAUGGAGGAGCACAGGGUGCAGCUGCGCAUCAUGAACCCCAAGUCCAUCACCAUGGGGCAGCUGUACGGCCAGUUCGACCCUGUCAGCCACGAGUGGAAGGACGGUGUGCUGGCGAAGCUCUUCCGUGAGGCCGCCAACGACACUUCCCCCGACCGCAAGUGGGUGCUGUUCGACGGCCCGGUGGACGCGGUGUGGAUCGAGAACAUGAACACCGUGCUGGACGACAACAAGAAGCUGUGCCUCAACAGCGGCGAGAUCAUUCAAAUGAGCGCAGCCAUGAACAUGAUCUUUGAGGUUCAGGACCUUGCAGUCGCCUCUCCCGCCACCGUGUCGCGCUGCGGCAUGGUGUAUGUGGAGCCGCAGCAGCUGGGCUGGAGGCCGCUACGUGACAGCUGGAUGGCCACGCUGCCGCCCACCCUGAGCGAUGAAGCCAAGGCACACCUGCUAACGUUGUCGGAGUGGCUGGUCGACCCGUGCGUGGCGUUUGUGCGCAAGAACUGUCGCGAGCUGGUGCCCACCGCGGACAUCAGCCUGCCGCACAGCCUGAUGCACAUCAUGACCUCCAUGAUGGACGAGAUGAGGGACCCCAAGCAGAUCGCCCUGAUGGGUGUCCGCGAGGUGAUGAAGCAGCUGGACGGCAUGUUCGUGUUCUCCCUGAUCUGGUCGGUGGGCGCCACCACGGACUCGGACGGCAGGGCGCGCUUCAGCGACUUCCUGCGCAAGCUGCUGGACGGAAUGGUGGACCGCAAGAUCACCCGCACCGACUUUGAUCUGGGUCCGGGUCUGGAGAUCUUGGACCCCGGCUUCAAGCUGGCCGCACUGCUGCCCAAGGACGGCCUCGUGUACGACUACCUGUGGGACAAGCCCCGCAGCGCCUGGCGCCACUGGAUGGACACCCCGGGCGGGCAGCAGGGCGACCCGGUGGACGCGCCCAUCCCCGAGUCGUCCUCCUUCAACGAGAUCAUCGUGCCCACCGUGGAUACCGUGCGCUACACGGCGCUGCUGACGCUGCUGGUGACGCACGGGCGGCACGUGCUGUUCGCGGGGCCCACCGGCACGGGCAAGACGGUGUACGUGAAGGCGGCGAUUGAGGGGCUGGACAAGGGGCUGUUCAGCAACCAGCAGACGGCGUUCAGUGCACAGACGUCGGCCAACAUGAUCCAGGACAUCAUCGACAACCGGCUGGACAAGCGGCGCAAGGGCGUGUUCGGGCCGCCUGUGGGCAUGCGCUGCGUGGUGUUCGUGGACGACGUCAACAUGCCCGCCCUGGAGGUGUACGGCGCCCAGCCCCCCGUGGAGCUGCUGCGCCAGUUCCUGGACCACAGCGGCUGGUACGACCGCGCCGACAACACCUGGCGCCACCUGGUGGACAUGCAGCUGGUGUGCGCCAUGGGGCCGCCGGGCGGCGGACGCAACCCCGUCACGCCCCGCUUCCUGCGCCACUUCAACCUGGUGGCCAUCACGGAGUUCGACGACGCCACCUACACGCGCAUCUACGGAGCCAUCUGCGACUGGUGGUUCCGCCGCGCGAGGCUGCCGGAGGAGGUGCGCGGCAAGGGCGGCUCGCUGGUGAAGGCGACGCUGGAGAUCUACAACACCAUCCGCGCGCAGCUGCUGCCCACCCCCGACAAGAGCCACUACACCUACAACAUGCGCGACCUGAGCAAGGUCUUCCAGGGGGUGCAGUCCAUCGGUGUGCCGGUGACCGACACCCGCUCCCUGGCGAGGCUGUGGGCGCACGAGACGCUGCGUGUCUUCCACGACCGCCUGGUAUCGGAUGAGGACCGCAACUGGUACUGCACGCUGCUGAAGGACGUGGUGAACAAGGUGCUGGGCGUCAAGUUCGACAACGUGUUCGAGCCGCCCCCCGGCAGCGGCCUGGUGCGGGGCGACGUGGCGGUGCUGCGCAACCUGCUGUACUGCGACUUCCAGGUACAGGGCGCCGACACGCCCAAGUACGAGGAGGUGACGGACCUGCCCAGGCUGCUGUCCGUGGUGCAGGACUACCUGGCCGACUACAACGCCCAGACCAAGGCCCGCAUGGACCUGGUGCUCUUCCUCUUCGCCGCGGAGCACAUCUGCCGCAUCAGCCGCAUCAUCAAGCAGCCCUACGGCAACGCGCUGCUGGUGGGGGUGGGCGGCAGCGGCCGGCAGAGCCUUACCCGCAUCGCCACCUUCAUGGCCGACUACAAGCUGUUCACCAUCGAGAUCUCCAAGAGCUACACCGUGAACGAGUGGCGGGAUGACCUGAAGCGCGUGCUGCGGCAGGCGGGGGGCGCCGCGCAGCCCACCGUGUUCCUGUUCUCCGACACGCAGCUCAAGGACGAGUCCUUCCUGGAGGACAUCAACAACAUCCUCAACACCGGCGAGGUGCCCAACCUCUUCCCCAAGGACGAGCUGGUUUCCAUCAUGGAGCAGGUGACCCCCCGCGCCAAGCGCGCCGGCAAGCCCCUCACGCCCGCCUCGCUGUACGCCUUCUUCGUGGACUCCUGCCGCGCCAACCUGCACCUGGUGCUGGCCAUGAGCCCCGUGGGCGGCGCAUUCCGGGAGCGGCUGCGCAAGUUCCCCUCGCUGGUCAACUGCACCACCAUCGACUGGUUCAGCGUGUGGCCCAGCGAUGCGCUCAAGAGCGUGGCGUCCAAGUUCCUUCACGACGUGGAGAUGGACAGCAGCGAGACGCGCGGCGCCGUGGAGGACAUGUGCAUGGAGUUCCACGUGACGGUGCGGCAGCUGGCCAACGACUUCAAGGCCGAGCUGGGCCGCCACUACUACACCACCCCCACCUCCUACCUGGAACUCAUCCAGACCUACAAGGAGCUGCUCUCAGCCAAACGAAAACAGGUUCACGGCCUGAAGCGGCGCUACGAGGUGGGUCUGGACAAGCUGCUGGCGGCGGAGCACGACAUCGGCGUCAUGAAGGAGGAGCUCAUCGCGCUGCAGCCCAAGCUGAUCGAGACGGGCAAGGAGGUGGAGGAGACGCUCAAGAUCGUGGACCGGCAGACCCAGGAGGCGGAGGCCAAGAAGGUGGUGGUGGUGGGCGAGGAGGCGGUGGCCAACGAGAAGGCCGCCUCCGCCAAGGCCAUUAAGGACGAGUGCGAGGCGGACCUGGCGGUGGCGCUGCCGCUGCUGGAGAGCGCACUCAAGGCUCUGGACACGCUGACCAAGGCGGACAUCACGGAGGUGAAGGCCAUGAAGAACCCGCCCAAGGCCGUCAAGCUGGUGAUGGAGGCGGUUUGCCAGAUGCUCAGCAUCAAGCCCAACAAGGUCAACGACCCGGCCAACCCGGCGCGCAAGAUCAACGACUACUGGGGACCCUCGCAGGGCCUGCUGGCGGACACCAAGUUCCUGGACACGCUGCGGGCGUACGACAAGGACAACAUCCCGCAGCCCAUCAUCGUCGCCGUACGGCCCUACCUGGAGAUGGACGACUUCGACCCCAAUGUGGUGCGCAAGGCCUCGGCCGCCGCGUACGGGCUGUGCUGCUGGGUGCGAGCCAUGGAGGCGUACGACAAGGUCGCAAAGGUUGUUGCGCCCAAGAAGGCCAAGCUGGCUGAGGCGGAGGCGGAGUACAGCGAGCUGAUGGUGGGUCUGAACGCCAAGAAGGCGGAGCUGGCGCAGGUGGAGGCCAAGCUGGCGGGGCUCAACAAGAAGCUGGCGGAGAUGCAGCGGAGAAAGGCCCAGCUGGAGGCCGAGGUGGACCUGUGCGAGAAGAAGCUGGACCGGGCCACCAAGCUGAUCGGGGGGCUGGGCGGGGAGAAGAGCCGCUGGACGGAGGUUGCCGCCAAGCUGGGUCACGACUACGUGAACCUGACGGGCGACGUGCUGCUGGCCUCGGGCUUCAUCGCCUACCUGGGCGCCUUCACGGCCGCCUACCGCGAGAAGGCCACCAGCAGCUGGGUGGCGCUGUGCAGGGAGCGACACAUACCCUGCUCCGAGCACUUCAAGCUCGUGACGGUGCUGGGCGAGCCGGUCAAGAUCCGCGACUGGACCAUCGACGGGCUUCCCAACGACUCCUUCUCCAUCGACAACGGCAUCAUCGUGUCCAAGGCGCGGCGCUGGCCGCUGCUGAUCGACCCGCAGGGGCAGGCCAACAAGUGGAUCAAGAACAUGGAGAAGAAGUUCAAACUGGAGGUGAUGAAGCUGUCCGACGGCGACUACAUCCGGCGGCUGGAGAAUGCCAUCCAGUUCGGCACCCCCGUACUGCUGGAGAACAUCGGCGAGGAGCUGGACCCCACGCUGGAGCCGCUGCUGCUCAAGUCGGUGUUCAAGCAGGGCGGCGGGCUGUGCAUCCGGCUGGGCGACACGACCAUCGAGUACAGCGAGGCGUUCAGGUUCUACAUGACCACCAAGCUGCGCAACCCGCACUACCUGCCCGAGGUGUCGGUCAAGGUGACGCUGCUCAACUUCAUGAUCACUCCCGAGGGUCUUGAGGACCAGCUGCUGGGUAUCGUGGUGCGGCUGGAGCGCCCCGAGCUGGAGGAGCAGAAGACGCGGCUGGUGCUGGCGGGCGCGGAGAACGCGCGGCAGCUCAAGGAGAUCGAGGACCGGAUCAUUGAGGUGCUCAGCGCCAGCGAGGGGAACAUCCUGGAGGAUGAGACCGCCAUCAACGUCAUCAGCUCCUCCAAGCAGCUCUCAAACGACAUCGCGCAGAAGCAGCAGAUCUCCGACAAGACGGAGCGCACCAUCGACGAGACGCGGCUGGGCUACAAGCCGGUGGCCCGCCACGUGUCGGUGCUGUUCUUCUGCAUCAGCGAGCUGGCGGCAAUCGAGCCCAUGUACCAGUACUCGCUGUUGUGGUUUGUGAACCUGUUCGAGGACACCAUUGCGCGCGCGGAGAAGUCCAAGGACCUCACCCGCCGCAUCGAGGCGCUCAUCUCCUACUUCACCUACAGCCUCUACAUCAACAUCUGCCGCUCGCUGUUCGAGAAGGACAAGCUGCUCUUCUCAUUCGCGCUCACCGUCUCCAUCCGCGCGCACAUCAAGCAGACCCUGGACCUCAGCCUCUUCCGCUUCCUGCUCACCGGCGGCAUAUCCACCGCCGAGCCGCCGCCCAACCCCAGCGACUGGCUGGCGGACCGCUGCUGGGCGGAGAUGGUGCGACUGGCGGAGCACUGGGAGGCAUUCCGCCCGCUGCCCGACUCCUUCAGGGAGGACCCGGGGCCCUGGCGGGCCAUGUACGACAGCGCCGACCCCACUCGCGUGCGCUUCCCGGAGCCCUGGCACAGCCGGCUGGACAGCUUCCAAAAGCUGCUGAUCAUUAGGCUGAUCCGCCCCGACAAGCUGGUGGGCGCCAUCCAGAACUACGUGCUGGACAGCAUGGGCCAGAAGUACAUCGAGCCGCCGCCCUUCGACCUGGACCGCUGCUACCAGGACUCCACCUGCCUCACCCCCCUCAUCUUCGUGCUGUCCCCCGGCUCCGACCCCAUGUCGGGGCUGCUCAAGUACGCGGACGUGAUGCGGGUCAGCGUGGAAAGCAUCAGCCUGGGGCAGGGGCAGGGCCCCAAGGCGGCUCGGCUGAUCGAGGCGGCGCAGGCCAACGGCGGCUGGGUGGUGCUGCAGAACUGCCACCUGGCGGUCAGCUGGAUGCCCACCCUGGAGCGGCUGUGUGAGGGACUCAGCCUGGACAACACCUCGCCCGCCUUCCGCCUGUGGCUCACCAGCUACCCCUCGCCUGCGUUCCCGGUCAGUGUGCUGCAGAACGGCAUCAAGAUGACGAAUGACCCGCCAAAGGGCCUCCGCGCCAACCUCCUGGGCUCCUACCUGAGCGACCCCGUCAACGACUACGCAUUCUUCGAGGGCUGCUCGCGACCCGCUGUGUUCAAGAAGCUGCUCUUCGGCCUCUGCUUCUUCCACGCAUUCGUGCAGGAGCGUCUCAAGUUCGGUCCGCUGGGCUGGAACGUGCCCUACCAGUUCUCCGCACCCGACUUUGUCAUCUCCGCGCGCCAGCUGCAGAUGUUCCUAAACGAGAUGCCGCCCGGCGAGGCCUCGCCCAUCCCGCUGCCCGCGCUGCGCUACCUCACCGGCGAGUGCAACUACGGCGGCCGCGUGACGGACGCGCACGACCGCCGCACGCUCAUGAGCAUCCUGGACAUCUUCUACUGCGCCGGCGCGCUGCAGGAGGGCUAUGCCUUCUCGCCCUCGGGCCGCUACUACGCGCCGCCCGAGGGGCCGGUGGAGUCCUACCUGGCCUACAUCCGGGGACUGCCCAUACUGGCGGAUCCGGAGGUAUUUGGUCUGCACGGCAACGCUGACAUCACCAAGGACCAGCAGGAGACCGACCUGCUGCUCUCCUCCCUGCUGGCAGCCUCCUCGGGUGGCGCAGCUGGGGGCGGCGGGGGCGGCGGCGCAGCCGCACGCGACGCGGUGCUUGCCGAGGUGGCUGCGGACAUCACCGCCCGCGUGCCGCAGCCCUUUGACAUCGAGGCGGUGCGCUUCAAGUACCCGGUGGACUACUACGAGAGCAUGAACACGGUGCUGUGUCAGGAGCUGGUGCGCUUCAACCGCCUGCUGGAGGUGAUCCACAGCAGUCUGGCGGCGCUGCAGAAGGCGCUGAGGGGGCUGGUGCUGAUGAGCGGGGACCUGGAGGCGCUGGGUUCCUCCAUGUACGACGGGCGGGUGCCCACGCUGUGGAUGGACAAGAGCUACCCCUCGCUCAAGCCGCUGGCGCCCUACGUGGCCGACCUGAUUGAGCGCUGCCGCAUGAUGUCGGAGUGGGUGGCGCACGGCCCUCCGGCGGUGUUCUGGAUCAGCGGCUUCUACUUCACGCACGCCUUCCUGACGGGUGUCAAGCAGAACUACGCGCGCAAGCGACACAUCCCCAUCGACACCAUCACCUUCAGCUACACCUGCAUGCCGGGCUCGGCGGACAUGUACAAGUCUGCCCCUGAUGACGGCGCGCUCAUCAGCGGCAUGUUCGUGGAGGGAGCCCGCUGGGACUCGGAGCUGGGGCUGCUGCAGGAGUCGCUGCCCAAGGUGUUGUUCAGCCCCGCGCCGCUGAUCAAGCUGUCCCCCUGCGACGUGGCGGAGCAGUCCACCUUCCCGCACUACGAGUGCCCGCUGUACCGCACGCCCGAGCGGCGCGGCGUGCUGGCCACCACCGGGCACUCCACCAACUUCGUCAUGGAGCUCAUGAUCCCCUCCGACAUGCCGCAGGAUCAUUGGAUUCGGAGAGGCGUGGCCUUCUUGCUGUCCUUGGCGGACUAGAGCUGUGCGGCCAGGAGGGAUGAUGACUUGGGCGCCGCUGAACACAUAGCUGCGGCAGCAGUGGCAGUAGCCGCCUACAAGCCAGCGCCACUGCCUUCGCGCGGCUUACCUUGUAUCGACUGUGACGGGCACUUUCGCUGCUUACCUGCCGUUAAGCAUGGCAUAGCUUGGUGAAGUCGAUGGUUAUGCGUUUUAGUUAUCGCUGUUUCUGACUAGGAAGUGACCUUACAAACUGUGGCAAUGCUACCGUUAUAUUGCAUCUAAUACUUGUUCGUGAGCCGUAGGUAGGGAGCAGCAACUUGCGGCUUUCGAUGCAGCUUGGAUGGCAUACAUGGCCGGUAAUGCUGGCUUAGCGAUAUAUCCGCUGGCGGUUAACCAUAUAUACCAUAGUGACCUUAAUGACCCUUUGUUAGCUGUGUGGUGAGAACCAGAAGUCGUGGACUUUGUGACGUUGAUGGCGCCGUUGACAUGUUGACCGUCGUGUGAUGAUUGUUGACGACGACGCGUUUGGCGUAUGCAACGCGUGUACAUAGGACGCCCAACCUUAACUAGGCACUGCGCUGGCGCUAUGCCUACAUGCUUGUGCUGAAAGGCCGUGAUUGCUUCGGUUAACCCACUAGCACCAGCCUAGUGCAAAGUACAAAUCGUAAUGCUUCCACCAUGCCGGUCACUCUCCCACGCCUGUCCCUGCUGCC